AUGGCCUCAACCCCGACCCCUCCACAGCCACAACACCAACUCCUCUCCAUUAAGGCCGCAGCUCGCAAGCUUCCCGUCAAACGCAAAACUCCUGAAAUUCCAUCUAUUCAUACUAAUAAUCCUAGCCCUAACCCUGUCUGUCCCUCUCCCGUUCCGAACCAGAUCCCCAAAAUCGAAAUCGCUGACGAAGAAAACGACAACAACAUCAUCGACGGCGAAGACCUCGAAGCAGCAGCCGAAGACGAUCUCAAGCCUCCUCCGUUCAAAUUCCAUCGCAUAUGGCCCGAAUCCGACGAAAUUCGAUUCCUCCAAGGCCUCCUCGAAUGCUCCGCAGAUGGGUUUAUCUUUCCUCGAGACCUCCCUCUCUUCUACGAUCGCUUCUCACAGUCCAUGCCUCAACCCUACACCAGAUCCCAGCUUUCAGAGAAGCUUCGUCGUCUUCGUAAGAAAUUUCGCGUUAUCUCUACCCGAAUUUCACGUGGCCUUGAUCCUUCGCUUCUUGCUCCGCACGAUCGUGCGCUCUUCGAUCUUUCCAAUCAGUUAUGGCAUCCUUCAUAUGCCUCUUCAUCUCCCUUUCAGUCUAAUAAGCGGAAGCCCUCUAAGGUUAGUGUUAGGGUGAGUUUCUCUCCUACCCCUUCUGCUUGUCUUCCUCCCCCUCCUCCUCCACCACCAGUUCAACCUAACAUCAACGACGCUGAUAUUACCGAGGAAGAUACUGAAAUGAAUUUAGAGAACAAUCUCGGCAGUGGACAUGAAGAGGAGCCGUAUUUGCCAGUCGGUGAAGAUGGUGGUGGGCUUGGACGGUUCGCGGCGAAAACCAUUUUGGAUGUUUUUGAUAGAUCCCUCAAGGAGGUGAGAAUGACACUCGUUCGCCAAGAGCUUCUUUAUCCGGACCAGACGUCUACGUCUUCAUCUACUCCAGCGGAAUCGUCGAAACAGGGGAAGGCAAUAGCUUUUGAGAAAAGGUGGCGAGAGCAAAGAGCGGCGGAACUAGAUGUAAUGGCUCGCCGCUUGAGGCUGGUUCUUGAGAAUGCUAUUAAUCAACGAUGA